AACAAAGAUGUUACACUUGUUCCCACAAUUCAAUGGUUCAUCAUUUCGUGUCUGUGAACUUUUGGCAAGGCCCAAUCAUUUGGCCUAUGGUCAUAUCCACUCGCACACACGGUUACAAAAAACCUGUAAUCUCUAAGGGUUGGAUACCCUUUGUCCGCAAAAAUCAGUUGGAGGUCGGUGAUGUAGUCACAAUCCUCAGGGAAGAAGACGAAGCAGGAAUCUGGUAUCGGAUUGAGAUCGAGAGAGGGAGCAAGCCACUUCCUGCUUUGUUUCGUGAACUUGAAGAGCAGCAGGUGCCAAUAUUUCCGACCAGUAAUGCCAACGGGGGAGUUGCAGACAAUAAUGUCAAUGUGGGGGUCGUUGCAGCCAACAUCCUUACCAUCAAACAAGAGACGCAACUGGCCCCUGCAAAUGUUCCGCCGAUUGCUCAGAAGGCUGAAGAGCUCAGUCUGAAGCCAGAUGACGUGAAUUUAAGGUUCACACUGGACAAGGGUCAGCAAACACCCAUGUUUGGUGGUACACUUCCCUCUCCAGUAGAAGAGGAACUCAAGAGCACUGGCGGCGUGCAGCAGCAAAUGGCCCAUCAAACCCACCAUGAUGAUACUAAAACAACCAAUUUGGACCCAAUUCUUAAUCAAACCAGUGCAGAUGAAUUUCGUCCGAACUUGGACCUGACUCUGGCACCACCUGUGGUGGCUUGUGAAGGAAAUCAGGCGCCUACAAUGGGGUUGUUUGGAACUGAGGUAGAAACCUUCAAUCCAAGGAUUGUUUUGAAUUUAGAUCUUACUCUUGCACCACCCACAGUAUAUUAGGUGCCUUUAUUUGCCUUUCUUUUUUCGUUUGCCCACACUUCCCAGAUAUUAGCUAGAUUUUUUUAAUAUUCCCCCUUUCUUUUUCUUGAAUAUCCUCGAAAUGUAGUGCUGAAGUUAGUUUAUGUUUACUUGGAAUAAUAAUAUACAUGUUGUUCUGGG